AUGGGAGCAUGCCUCACAACACAACGGUGUUCUCAAUGUUUGGAAGACUCGGAAUUCUAUUGCCACACCUGUGAUAAAAACUUCCGUAUUCCUUGUAAGGAGGGACAUGUGAUAAACCUAGACACCAAACACCACGAUGUAGCGAUUGGCUGUUUAAGGUAUGGCGACCGUAUGAUACCAGAGUCAUGUGAGGAGAAUCCAGGCAGGAAAUAUAAAUAUUGGUGCCAGACAUGUCGGCGCCCGGUCUGUGUCAAGUGUAAAAAUCACCGGAAUCAUGAAAAAAGGGAUUUGGUGAAUACCUUCAAGACAUUUAUACAACAGAACAGAGAAAGAAUUAUUCUCAUUAGAAGUGAGAUUCUUUCUUACAAUCGUGCUAUCCUGGCACAGAUCAAAUCUGACUUUAAAAGUUGUAAUACAAAAAUAUACAGACUCCAAUUGGAGAUGAAUUCCAAAGUAAAGAACCUGAAAAGUCAAAUAGAAACGUGUACAGUUCUUAAGGAUGUAAGUGGCUCAAAUCUCUAUUUUGACUCGCAGUUACAGCAAAGAAGAAAUGUCACAUACAUACAUAAAUAUAUACAAAGAUAUGAAAAGUCAGAAAACAGACCAGUUCAAUUCCUCUUUUUCCUAAAGAAAGUCCCUGUUCCCAAGAUAAAGAGUAUUCCCGGUACUUUAAAACUCUCUCUUACUGAGGAAAUAAUCAUGGAGGACCUUUCAGAGUUGCUUGGAAAAAUUCACAUCAAAGAGACAGGAGAAAGAAAAGUAGGAAAUGAGGAGCUGUUGAGAGUGAUGUCUACCGCCGUAUUACAGAAAUUAUUUACCGUGACUGAUUUGAGAGGUGCUGCAAGUCACAUUUCCUGUGUCAUGCCAGACCGGGCCUGGGUCAAUGAUAAUAAAAAUCUUAUCUUGACCAAUAGAACAGGCGGAGCCCUUUCUCGUCUGACAGACAUAUCCAGUCCGUAUGGCAUACACACAGUGACAAGAAACGGUGAUUUAAUUUAUAUAGAUAAAAAUUCUGAUCUAGUUGUACUGUCUGCAAAGAACAAAACAAAAUCUCCAUUAAUAAAGAUUAAAGACCCAUGGACGCCGCGCUGUGUCUUCUCUUCCUCAUCUAAUGGAGAUCUACUUGUUGCUACAAUUUGUUAUCAUAAAAGAAAACGUAGGUAUACAGAGGCCAACAUAACCCGAUACAACAGUGAUGGACAACAGCUCCACGUCAUUCAGCGUAACAACACGGGCGAGAAUCUGUAUACCGAUCCCAUAUACAUCACUGAAAACCGGAAUGGAGAUGUUAUUGUAUCUGAUAUGUUCCGCCGUAUGGUAGUCGUAACAGACUGUGGAGGAAGAUAUCGCUUCUCCUACAGAGGGUCCCCAUCAAUUCAAGGAUUCUUAGUACCAUUUGGAAUCUGUACAGAUGCGCUAUCAAACAUCCUAGUGUGUGAUGGAUACUCGAAAACCGUACAAAUGAUUGACAAAGACGGUUACUUUCUGUCACUGCUACUGACACAACAAAAUGAGAUAAACAGACCAGGAGGGUUAUGCUAUGAUGAUAAAACUCACCUUCUCUGGGUCGGGUCGUGGUGGGACAACACAGUCUCUGUAUACAGAUACAUACAGUCGAAAGAUUUUCUCAUAGGUGGUUCUGAUUAA